CCUCUCCCACGCCUCCGUCUCUCUUCUCCUCGGCUAAGCCAUAUGUUGCUGCCCUUGAAGCUCAUCAACUACAUAGUGCCCAUGCUUGCCACCGCCAUCCUCCUCCUCCUCCUCUUCUCCCACUACCUCGACCUCCCCUCCCUCUCCUCCCCCGUACCGAUCUCCACCUCCGUCCGGCCCAGGGGCCCCAAAGCGGCCUUCACCGAUCUCGUCGCUGCGUUUGAGCUGUGGGACGCCGAGGUGGGCUGCGCUUGGUUCCGGGAGAAGCACGCUGGAUGGGCGACCAACGCCUCCGCGAUACGGCCCGACGACGACAACGACGAGUGCGCUGCAGCAAGGAUGAGCCACGUCAGCGUGCUCGUCAAGGGGUGGACUUGGAUCCCGGACAGCAUGGAUGAUCUUUACCCGUGCCGGUGCGGGAUGACCUGCCUCUGGACCAAAUCGCCCGUUCUCGCUGAUAAUCCCGACGCCGUGUUGUUUGAGAGCGUGACGCCUCCGGCGACGAGGAAAAAAGGUGAUCCACUACGUGUUUAUAUGGAUCUUGAGGCCAGUAGAAAACCUUCGGGUUUCGAAGACAUAUUUAUUGGUUAUCAUGCCAAGGAUGAUGUGCAAUCCACAUAUGCAGGGACUCUGUUUCACAAGAGCCGAAAUUACCAUGUUUCAUCUCAGAAAAGAAAUGACGUCCUUGUUUAUUGGUCUUCUUCAAGGUGUCUUCCCCAACGAAACCAACUUGCAAAAAGAUUCCUUUCCCUCAUCUUUCACCAUUCUUUUGGUGAAUGCCUGAACAACGUUGGGGGUCCUGAUGCGGCACUUUCUCUCUAUCCCGAGUGUUCCAUGAGUGAGAACCUAGUACCUCAUUGGUGGGACCACCUGCAUUGUGCCAUGUCACAUUACAAGUUUGUGCUUGCCAUCGAGAACACCAUAACCGAGAGCUACAUAACAGAGAAGCUCUACUAUGCCCUGGAUUCUGGUGCAGUGCCCAUAUAUUUUGGUGCACCAAAUGUGUGGGAUUUUGUCCCUCCACAUUCUAUAAUAGAUGGGUCCAAGUUUAGUUCUCUAGAGGAACUGGCAUCCUAUGUAAAAGAACUAGCAGAUGAUCCGAUUGCUUAUGCAGAGUACCAUUCUUGGAGGAGAUGUGGUGUGAUGGGCAACUAUGGGAAGACUCGUGCCGCCAGCAUCGAUACGCUGCCGUGCAGAUUGUGUGAGUUGAUAAGCAGGAAAGGUGGAAGGAAUGCCAGAUCAUAGUAAGAAUGUGAUUUGUGGCCUCAAUUCAUAAAUUGUAUGCCUUUUAGUGGUACCUACAUCACGAUCAAAGCAUCACAGGUCUACAGAUAGAUUUUCUCCUAUUCUUUAAUUUGUCCUUCUUUUUAUGCUCUUUAAAAUCUGUCUUAUAGUUGUUGUAUAAUAACUAUUGAUAGAACAAAUGACAUGAGACACCUGUCAAUGUGUAAAUAAUUUGAGAUGCAAUGUAAAUGGGUUCAGCCUCAA